GAUAAGCGAUGCGAAGCGAAGUGAAAUUGUUAUCGAAAGAAAUGAAAAAUCUUUUAUGGGAUGGGAAUCCAAACAUACAAAAUUUGGAACUAAAUAUAUAUUUAUCCAAUUAAAUAAUCUAAGAUAUAACAUAUUUUUGUGAUUUGAAAAUUUUGUAGUCAAUCAUAAAAAAGAAACCUUUUCUAAAGGUUUUGAACCCUGAAUAACAAGUUAUUAACGCUACAGAUUUGACGACUAUUUCAUUAUGUUUAUUUAUAUGAGUAAAAAGAUAGCUAUACCAAAGCAGUCAAAUGUCACAUGCCUAGCAUGGAACCACUCUUCUGGAUACAUAGCAGUAGGGGGUGAAGAUGGAAUGCUCAAAGUACUGAAGUUAGAAUCUGGAGGCAGUGGAAAUCUUUCAAUGAAUCUAAGCUUGGAAGGUCACACAGGCCAGCUCUGUGUUGCUGUUUGGAAUGAAGUUUUUCAAAAACUGACAACAAGUGAUGAACAUGGUGUUAUUAUUGUGUGGAUGUUAUAUAAGGGAUCUUGGUAUGAAGAAAUGAUAAACAACAGAAACAAAUCUACUGUCACAAGUAUGGCAUGGGGUUCAGAUGGUCAAAAAAUAUGCAUAGCAUAUGAGGAUGGUGCUGUCAUAGUGGGAUCUGUGGAUGGAUCCAGAGUUUGGGGCAAGGAUAUCAAAGGGCCUGGUUUAGCAGCUGUGCAGUGGUCACCAGACAAUUCACUGCUUCUGUUUGCACUCACUAAUGGGGAACUACAUUUGUAUGAUGAACAAGGAAAUUUUACUAUGCCUGUUGCGGUUAACGGAGUGUCAGGAUCAAUGGAAAUUAUCUCAAUGGACUGGUAUGCGGGUGUCGCUCCUACCAACAGACCCGUGCUGGCUAUAUGUUACAAAAAUGGAUCUAUUAUUCUUAUGAAAAACUGCAUAGAAGAAGAUAGUAUUGUGGUUGAAACUAACAUGCUAGCUGCGGACUGCCACUGGAACCAUAAUGGUACAAUUUUAGCUGCAGCCGGUUGCACAGCAGACCAAACCAAUGUUGUACAGUUUUUUAGUGCCUAUGGAGAGCAUGUUCGUACUCUGCGUGUCCCUGGUGGCGCCCUACGAGCUUUGUCUUGGGAAAAGAGAUCUCUACGCUUAGCUAUAGCCAUUGACUCUUUUAUAUACUUUGCGAAUGUGAAGCCUGACCAUAAAUACGCUUUUUAUGGAAACACCCUUGCUUUUGUUUCUGGAACUGAAACAGUGACGUUUUGGGAUACAGUUACAUAUCAGUCUUGGGUCAACCACAUACCAAACGUCGUGGACAUGUGUGGCUUGGGUGAAUACUGUGUUAUAUCUGCAUUGAAUACACUUAUUAUUUCAAAUGAACAAGGAAUCCAAUGUGAUGCAAAGGCCGUUUCCAUUCCCGUAAUGUACGUGACAAUCAACUCCAAGGCGGUGGUGGUAGCUGCUUCGAAAGAAUCAUUUCUUAUUUGGAAGUUUUCUACGCCAUCACGACCUAGGAGUACAGAGCAGCUGUACCAUGCUGAUGGGUCGCCGAUAUCGUCGGAUAUAGGAUACCAGGAAGACACGAUUUGCUGCAUAACAUGCUCGGACACACAUUUGCUGGUGGGGCGAGACUCUGGCGUGAUUCUAUUGUUCUCUCUGGUCAAUUUCAAAAAGAUUACCUCCAUCAACAUGAAUUCGAAACCCUAUAAAAUGGGUUUAAAUUCAAAUUCUAGCAAAUUCUACGUGAUCGAUCAGUCCGGCGCCCUAUACUUGCUGGACACGGACAUGGCCAACAACAUCAGCGUGGGGCCGGCGCUCCGCAAGGACGUGUGGGGCGCGCGGUGGGCGGCCGACAACCCGCGCCUGCUGGCCGUCGCGGAGAAGGCGCGCCUCUACGUGCUGCGCGACGCCCAGCCCGAGGAGCCGCUCGCGGGGCAGGGAUACGUGUGCCAGUUCAAGGAAUUAGAAAUUACUAUGGCUUUAUUGGAUAACAUAACCGAUAAAUGUACACCGCAACAUAUAGUGAGAGUUGAAGUGAAAUCGUUGAGAGACACUCGUCAACUUAUAGAAAAGGUCGGCUUGAAGGAAGCCGAAAAUUUCAUAAAGGACAAUCCGCAUCCACAGUUAUGGUUAUUGUUAGCGGAGGCGGCUUUGAAGAAUUUCGAAGAAGAGUCCGCAUUGGAGACGGCCGAGGCGGCUUUCGUGCGCCGCAACGACUACGCCGGAAUCAGAUUCGUGGCUAGGCUGAACGCCCUGCAUUCCAAUGCUCUGAAAAAAGCAGAAAUACUGGCCUACUUUAAAGAUUUCGAUGGGGCGGAAAAAAUAUAUCACAAUGAAGAUAGACGCGACUUAGCAAUAGCAUUGCGUAAACGCCUGGGCCAUUGGUUCCGAGUGGUGGAACUGUUGAAGAUGUCUGCUAGCACCACCGAAGCUCAAAUAAAACAGGUCUACAGCAAUAUUGGCGACUACUACAUCGAUAGGCAGAAUUGGUCUGGCGCUGUGGAAUAUUAUUCACUGUCAAAUAAUACAGAGGGAUUAAAGAAAUGUUACAUGGCUCUAGAAGACAACGAAUCAUUGGCAAAGCUUUUUACAGGAUCGUCUAAACCAUCUAAGGACGGGCAAACAAAGCAUAACUUGGCAGAAUCUGGCGAAAGUUUUACUGAGACGCCUUCAAUUCAAGGCAUUAUACAGCUAAAGGAGACGGGAAGGAUGUUACAGGCAGCUGCUAUGGCUUUUCAGUUGGCUAACAGUGAAGCAGCUGCGAAAGCAUCUCCAGUUCGAUUAAAGAAAUUAUAUAUCUUGGCGGGGCACUUAUACAGUCAGAACUCAGUAGAUGGUGCGAAGAGUCGCGAGGCGGUGCGCAGUUACCGCCUGGCGAGCGCGCAGCACUGGCUGGCGGGCAGCGCGCGCCGCGCGGGCCCGGCGCGGCCCGACGCGGCGCUCCGCUUCGCGGCGAGGCUGCGCCAGUGCGCGCCGGACCUGCAUCCCUCGCAACACGUACAGGUUUGGUGUACAAUAGCGGCCAUAGCCAUCCAAGCAAGAGCAUUUGAAUUAUGUUCGAAAGCAUUUAUUAAACUGGAAGCCUUAGAUCCCAAUACAUUUGAAAAUUUGGCAAUAGAGAUUUUUACAAGAUGCAGGCCCAAAGAUGUUAAAGGAAAUAAGAUCGACUGCCCUGAUUGUCAACUUAGUAUUCCGGAAUGGAGCACGUCGUGCGGCGGGUGCGGGCGCGCGUUCGCUGUGUGCGCGGUGUCGGCGCGCGCGCUGCUGCCGGCGCCCGCGUGGCAGUGCCGCGCGUGCGGCGCGUGCGCGCAGCAACACGAGCUCGUGCUGCGACACACCUGCCCCAUGUGCCGCGCGCCGCUCGACUGAACCGCAGCCGCUUAAAAACUCAUCCUCCAUGAAGCUAUACAUAAAAAUGUCCGUGUUAACAUAUAUUUUGAUAAAAAGAAAUCGGUCUCCCAGCUACCGAGUUUUUUUGUUUCGAAUAACAUCAAAAACUCCAAAGUAAUGUUUCUGUAGUAAAAAAAGAACUGCAUGUAGUUGAUAAUCGAACUUGGAACGCGAAGGUGAUAGGCAAAUAUGCUGACCCUGUACCAAAAUUGCGCAGCGCGGGCGGUGUCGAAAUUGUCGAACCUCAUAUAUAAGAAAAUAUUAUAGAUAUAGAAUAAUAUUGUCAAAGUGUAAAUAUACAUAAAAGUGUUGCGAUAAUAGGUACAGUGCAAUUUACAUCGCUUAUUCUGCAGUUUUCUUUGCUCAUAUUUCAAGAAAUGUGCAUUUAUAUUUUGUGAGUUCAAUAAACAGUUUGUAUGUUUAUUUGUACCAAUCCAAAUUAUAUCCUUUGUAAUGCGAAAUUUAUUUUGGCGAAUUUGAGUAAAUUUAAUAUGUCACCUUCGUAUUUCCAAUAACACGCAAACGGAGUUGCGAGCAACAGCUUGUAUAUAAUAAAUGCUUACCUUGAGUGUUACAGUGUUGCACACUAUUGAACUUAAUUGUCCGUAUGGGAAAUAAAAAUUAAUGCAAGAAUUUGGUUGUGUCUAUGUAAUGAACUAGUUGUGUAUAACCAGUUGAUCCACGCAACGAGGAAUACGUGUUUCCGUCCAUGAAGGUAUAAGUAGUUAAGUUUUAUUACAAUAAGUAUAUUUUUAAAAGUACUUUGGUUGAUUACUCGUAAAACUUGUUCUUAGCACUUUUUAAUUAAUAAAAUAAUAAAUGCAGGGAGUCAAUUUCCAAAAGUAAUGGAGCCAGUAAAUGUAAAAUAAAAUAUACUAGAAAUAUUCUAAAUAUUUAUUUCUGAGGGGUUUACAACUUCAAAUUUCGCAAUAUGAAUGAGCAAAGAACAUCUAUUGUAUACUGUGACUAGACAAUUUUAUACUGUAAAACUGUGUGAAUAUGCAAAUAUUUAUACAACAUAAUAGAUGCACUUCUGCAAGUGUAAUACUUGUUUGAAAAUUUGACUUUGAUGUUUUCAACAAAAUAAUCUAAAUAACCUGCCUUUUGUAGUUGGAUAUAAAUGGAGCCAGCGCUGAUGGUUCAAUCACUCAUUGCCAAGCCUUUAUUGGAAUAAUUCAAAAGCUUUAUAAUUUCUUUACAUUACUAAUCAUUUAAUUUGUACAAAUCUUAAAUCUUGAUG